AUGGCCACGCAUGUGCGUCAACAUUUUGUCCUGACGCUCGUGAAGCUGUCUUUGGGCACCGUCGCCGUGCUCUCACUUGGCGUUGGCGGCGCGGACGCCACCAAGGCAUCAGCCGAAGAUAGCAACGCGAAGGUGGUGACGACGUGGCCCUCUGCUACCUCACUUGGCGAGGCGGCCGUGGCGCGGACUGGUCUGCGGGGCACACAGCCAGAGCUCGACGCCAGCCGCGGCGUCGCGGACAGUCGCGUCCGCAACGGGACGCUCUCCGCGAUUGCAGACAGCAAGGCCUCGACAGCUGUCUCACUCCUGCCUGCAUGGCCGUGGGCGACGGAUGUGGCGUUGGGAGGUCCGCAGCAUGAGGAGGACCGCCGGCUAGUUCAAGUCUAUAGCUAUUUGGAUCCAGGCCUGACCUGCUACAACGUGGGCCUCCCAGACCCGUCGAACUCCACGGAGUGCUUCGGCCCCGCGAUGGAGUACGUCGGAUUGACUGGAACUGGAGAUCCAAUAAAUUUCGGAUCGGCCUUUUCGUUUACUUUCGGUUGUGUCUACGACUCCGACAUGGACACGGUUGGGCUCCCCGACGUGCCGAGCUCGACGGAUUGCCAGAACCUCGCGAUGGUUGCUGCUGGCCUGAGCGAUAAGUCUUUCACUGGAAUCCCGGCAAACUUGGGGUUCAGCUGUGUCUACAACGACGUCACGGACGGCGGCGUUCUCUAUUCCACAACCACUGGGCCUGGCUUCUCGCUCCUGCCACUGGGCUGGACGUGCCCCGACGCGGGGCUGCCCGACAUCCCGAGCGAAGAUAAUUGCUUCACCACUGCGGCGCAAACGGUAGGCGUGACCGCUGGAACUGAGGUCUUCGUCGCGGGCACGGCGGCGGGGAUCAGCUGCGUCUAUGACACCAUUCUCAAUAUUCUGUACUUCGGGGAAGCGACAGGCAGCGAGACCGAGGGUGAUCCAGAUUUCCAGUUCAUCUGUCUCGGGGAGUACACGACUACUGAAACCUCCUCGUCGAUCACGACUUCCAGUGCAACCAGCAGCACAUUUGCGACAACCAGCGCAACCAGCAGCACAAGCGCAACCAGCAGCACGACAGCCACCAGCAGCACCACCGUGAGCAGCACGACGGGAACCAGCAGCACCACCGUGACCGGCAGCAGCUCCACUACAGCCACCGUCACGACGACCGAAAGCAGCACCACCAGCGCCACGAUGACUUUCACCAGCACCGCCACCACCGGGGUGUACUCCCUGAUGUCGGAGAAUCAAUUCUGUCCUGACUUUGGCCUCGAAGACGUGUCAACCCAAGACGAGUGCUAUGAAGUGGCGCGGCUCGCCGUUGGCUUGUCAGACAAGGGGACGUAUCCUGGCACAUUCUCGGGGUUCAAAGGCUGCGUUUACAACACCGGAUCUGACAUAGUCAUGUUUGCGAAUGACGGGGACGCCACCACAACGCUAAGCGGUUGGCAGUACAUUUGUCCAAGCGCGACCACUACAACCACUACGGGGACCUCCACUGUGAGCAGCACGACGGAAAGCAGCAUAGCACCACUGUGA